UUUAGCUAUGCAAUUUGCAUUAGUGAAAGGUCAAAAGACAAAUCCGUAGCUAGCUGCCAAGAUCUUGCGAAGGAAAUAUGGAUGGAAAUACAGACUUUUCUGGCGUUUCAGAUGAAUGCACGGCAGAAUACAUUCUCAGUAAUGUGGCAGAAGUAGUGGAGAGAAUUUUGACGUUUGUACCAACCAAAUCCCUGCUCCAAAUUGCUUGUGUUUGCAGACUGUGGAUGAACUGUGCACGGAGAGUACUGAGGGUCCAGCAGAAGUUGACGUGGGUGUCUGCCUCUGGACCGUCCAACUAUGACGGCCAUGCUCUCUGCCACAGCCUGGCAGAAGAAGUGGAGAAUGUAUACCUGCUACCCAAAACAGUCUUGGUUAUGGUGGACAGCGAGACCUUCAGUGGACAAGACUCUUCCUACAAACAGAAAAAGGCACGCAAGACCCACCACAGUCCAGACUCAGUGGAGGAACUGAACAGGCUGUUCCCCAAUGGAUGUGACAUCAUGGCCAUCGCCACGCCUGGUGUUGUUUUAACUCCCAGUGGCUCCCACUCGGGUCCACCGAAGGAGUUCCAAGAAGGAGAAGCUGGCUACGCUAUCAUGUUCCCUAGGAUGGAGGGAGUGGACAUCCGCCCCUUUCACUUCUGCAAACGCACCAUCUCAGAGUCACACCUGGAGGAAGCAGGGCUGGUGAAUAACCCUGAUCUGCGCGUGGUGCUUCUCUUUGGCUAUGAGGCCUACAAACCCGGAGCAGCCCGCUUCCUUAACCAGGUCCUGGAGCCUUUGGCACGCAGCAAGGCUCUCAUCGCUGGGGGCCAUGUGGAGAAUGUCUUCUCCCCUGAAAGAGAGUGCUGUGGCCAGGGGUCGUACGGCGUGGUGGGUCUGGCUCUGAGCGGUCCAAGGAUCCAGGGGGCCAGUGUUCUCCUGGAGCAGGACGUGAGCAGCCCCAAGGCAGCCGAGGCCACCAUACGGAGACUGAAAGCCGCCAACCUCCCAGAGAGGAACACCCUGGGCUUCAUGUUUGCCUGCGUGGGCCGCGGACACAACUAUUACAACAACCAACGUAACGUGGAGGCUGACACCUUCCGCAAGGUGUUCCCCAACAUCCCACUGUUUGGCUUCUUUGGUAACGGGGAGAUUGGGUGUGAUCGUAUCGUGAAGGAGGACUAUACUCUGUGUGACACGGAUACAGACAGUCUGCAGCAUGGAUACACCACUGUUAUGACCCUAGUUCACCUUGGUUGAGGGGUCGAUGGUCAUAUUUACAUUCAAACUACAGUUUGUUCACUUCAGGUUCCUAUUGAUUAGGUACGAAACAGAAGAAAACCAGAAGAAGCAGAGAGGUACUAUCUUAACUGGUCCAAUAAGAAACACCCGUUUUGAAACGGUGUGCCCUAAUGAAUACAACCCUGGUGUCUCGUUCAGAAGACUGUCUGUGCACGUAACAAUCAGGAUCAACAACAUUUUGGUUGUAGAAUCUUCUCUCUCAGCCAUGGUGGUAUGUGAUGCUGUUUGAAGUGGCUUACAACAUGUACAUGUCUUUCUUUUUGUUGUGUUCAACUUUUCCCAAUGUAAAGUUUUAACUUUGUCAACUUUGGAAGGGAAAUGCAAUGUUUUAUCUGCUGCAAUAGAGGCAAAUAGUUACUUGAUCCUGCAUUGAUCAGUUUGAAACUUGAAUAGGAAAUAUUGCUGAUAUGUUAGUGAGUUUAACAAGGUGCUGAUGGGAAUCAGAGAAGAAAAUACUGUCCAUUCAUCUCAGUCCUCUGUUACAAAAUAAUACAGUGGACUUCCCCAUUUAAAACACAUAUAUAUUAUCCUGAAUUACUCACCAAAUGUUACGCUCAUAUUCAAAACAAAGAACU